CUUGGAUCAUAUACGUGGUCAUCACUCUGUCUCUUACAUCUCUAUGCUAAACAUGCACAAUCAGUACCUUGUGAACUGACUGAUGGUUUCAGUAUAUUGUAUUGUCUUGGAAUGUUCAAACCAGGAGAUUAAGUGUCAACUUUUUUUGCCUGGCAAGGCCUAAUAAUGCAGAACUUCCUCUUGUGAUCUAAAAUCUUGAUUAGUUGUUCCUGAAAUUGAGUUUUGUUCUUUAUUUUGACGAGAGUAACUUGAAUGGCUGCCCUAACUAAGAGAUGGAAGUAUGCAAAGAAAAAAGACAAGACAAAGGGACGUGUAAUGUCAAUUCUGUCUUGGAUACUGUCUAAAAUAUCAGUUUCACAGAAUUCUUGGAGAUUGCAAGAUCAUUAGGAUAACUGAGAAAUAGUUUCGGGCAAAUAUCUUCGGAGUUUAAAGAUAUUUUAAGGGAAAGAAGGUCUAUGUCAUACUCCAUUUUGGAAGUUUCACCAAUCAACGGGGUUAGUGCAGCUGUGAUAUUUCUCCCGAAAAGUCAACAGCCUAUCUUUUAUGGGAUAGAAGCUAGACAAUGAACCUAUCCGAUCUGUUUUCUAAGGCAAGGGGCUUGAGCGCUAGGUAGUUACAAGCAUCUUCAUACAUUUCUAUACCUUCUCUUGUGUAAGACGUUCUGCUGAAAAAUGACUUUAAUGUUACGGUCAUCGACUUCUUUCAUCCAUCUGAAUGAUACCAAGAUCAUAAAGGCUCCUCUUCUUGAAGAUCUCCAUGGCAUAAUCUCCUUCAAGCAAGCAAAGCCACCGAGCUGUCUCCGAAUAAGAAGUUCCUUACAGGAGAUUAAGAUGGAAAGGGGUAGUAACAAAAUGGAGAAACUUCACUCUCUAUCUUUGAAUCAGCACACAAAUGACUUGAGAGUUCCUGUGUUUGUAAUGCUUCCUCUUGACACGGUUAGUCUUGGAGGGAGUUUGAACAAACCUCGAACAACGAAUGCGAGUUUGAUGGCCUUGAAGAGUGCGGGUGUGGAAGGAGUUAUGGUGGAUGCUUGGUGGGGAUUGGUGGAGAAAGAUGGACCUAUGAAAUACAACUGGGAAGGUUAUGCUGAGCUUGUGCAGAUGGUUCAAAGGCAUGGCUUGAAGCUCCAAGUAGUCAUGUCUUUUCAUCAGUGUGGAGGGAAUGUUGGAGAUUCUUGCAGCAUUCCUUUGCCACCAUGGGUGCUUGAAGAAAUAAGCAAGAACCCAGAUCUCGUUUACACAGACAAAUCAGGCAGAAGGAAUCCGGAAUACAUCUCGUUGGGAUGUGAUUCGUUACCCGUGCUCAAAGGAAGAACGCCAAUCCAAGUUUAUGCUGAUUACAUGAGGAGCUUCCGGGAUCGAUUUAGAGACUACUUCGGAGAAGUAAUCAUGGAAGUUCAAGUUGGGGCUGGUCCAUGUGGGGAACUCAGAUAUCCAUCUUAUCCAGAGAGCAAUGGAACUUGGAGAUUUCCAGGAAUUGGGGAAUUCCAAUGUUAUGACAAGUAUAUGAGAGCAUCCCUGGAGGCAGCAGCAGAGGCCAUUGGAAAAAGAGACUGGGGAAGCAGUGGAGGACCAAAUGAUUCAGGUCAAUACAACCAAUUCCCUGAAGAUUCCGGAUUCUUCAAAAGGACAGGAACAUGGAACUCGGAAUAUGGAAAAUUCUUUCUCGAAUGGUACUCAGGUGAGCUAUUACAGCACGGCGAUAGAGUCAUUUCAGCUGCAAAGGGAAUUUUCCAUGGAACUGGUGCAAAGCUAUCAGCAAAAGUAGCUGGCAUUCACUGGCAUUAUGGUACACGAUCCCAUGCUGCCGAGUUAACUGCCGGGUACUACAACACUCGACACCGAGAUGGUUACUUGCCUAUUGCAAAGAUGCUGGCUAAACAUGGAGUUGUGUUGAACUUCACUUGUAUGGAAAUGAAAGAUGGACAGCAGCCUGGCUAUGCGAAUUGCUCACCAGAAGGAUUGGUUACACAAGUGAAGAUGGCUACAAGGGAUGCUAAGGCUGAACUUGCGGGUGAAAAUGCAUUGGAAAGGUAUGAUAUAGCAGCUUAUGAGCAAAUUUUAGCUACGAGUAGAUCAGAAUCUGGAAAUGGUUUGGCUGCAUUCACUUACUUGAGGAUGAACAAGGACCUUUUUGAACCCCAAAACUGGAGGAACUUGGUCGAGUUCGUAAAGAGAAUGUCAGAAGGUGGUCGGAACUGGAGACUACCUAAAUCUGACUGCUGUGGCAGUGAUCUUCGUGUUGGAUUCAUCAAGGAAAAGAAGAUCGAGAAAGUUGUUGUGGUGUAGAGGUGAUAUCAUAGUGUGUUAUAGUUGAAGGAUAAAAAGGAGAAACAAAAAGAGAAUAGGGACAGUCUAAACUCUUAUAAUGUUUUUACCCUCAUACAUGAUGUUUGUAAUUAUCGAGUCUCUAUGUAAAAAUGGAUCGAGAAGGGAUCUAUUGCAUAAAUAUAGGCAAGUGAAUAAAACGGACAAAUCUUCGACAAUCCAAAA